AUGUCCGUCGCCAAGCGCUACGUGCUGCGCCUCUUCAUCUCGCUCAAGUACGUCACGGCGAACGUGGUGGACCGGCAGAGCGGCCGCAUCGUGACGACCGCCUCGACCGCGGAGCGGCCCCUGCGAGACGGGCUGGAGUGCGGCCGCGCCUGCAACGCCAAGGCGGCUGCUGCCGUCGGCGAGGUGCUCGCCAUGCGCCUCAAGGUGGACGGCCUCGCGCGGGAGCCCAUAUACGCCAACGCGGAGAAAGAGGUCGCGAAGAAAGGGUUCAAGAACCAGACCAAGGUCUGGGCCAUCCUCAAUGCGCUGCGCAGUCACGGGGUCAACCUCCACAUCGACGACGAUGGCGACCACAGGCCGCACGUCUGA